AUAACCCAGACAACACAUGAUAUCCACUGGAUGUCCGAUCCGCUUCCGAUAUAUCCUAUGUUGAUCCACGGCUAUUGUGGACUACCACUGGACGUCCAUCACAUAUCCAAUCUGGAUGGUCCAAAACAAAUCCCAGAUAGUUGUCCAUAGGACAUCAUACAAAGGAUGACCAUGGGUUUUUUAAUUUAUUUGUAUAAAAUAGUUGACUUUCCAUUUUCAUUCUUUAUUUUUCAAUUAUUUAUUUCAAUCAAAUAUACUACAUUAUAUUUGAGUAUAUAAUAUGUUAGUAUCAACUAAAUGAUAUUCUUCAAUAAAUUUCAUCGGGCGCCCGUCACUCUCCAACCCCUUAUAUGAUCGGGAUGAAACUUGGCACACAUGCAGACCUAUAUGACCCCCGAAAGGUCUGUGAAGCACAUCCUUAUGUUUCACCCCUGGCACUCACAACAACCCUCCAAAAUUUAGCGAAAAUGUUAUUUAAACUCGAAUUCCAAGCGUGGAUUAGGGCUGAAAUUGACAUAUAGGGACUAUCUUUGAGUUUAAUUUUAAUUCUAGGACGAGGGGAAGCUAGAUUCAGAAUAGUUUAGGAGCAAUGAAUUUUCAAAACUCUUAUCACCAAACGACUUUGAAAAUUUUGUGCAUCAUAUAACAAAAAAUUACUUACUCAUAACAAGAGUAAGUUUUCUAGAUGUAAAACUGCAUUACAAAUACUUUUUAUUUUGUAUAUUUUUUCAAUUAGGGCCAUAGUUUUUGAGUAAAAAGCAUUUUUACUUGUUUUUUGUUCAUUCAACUCUAAUCAGACAGAAUCCUGGUGAUGCUGUGGAAAGCAAUAGGAUUUUUGUGAGAUUUAACGAAAAAAUUUCAACUUUUCCAUACUUUGUAUGAAAUAGCUAAUUAACUUAUCAUAUAUAAUAGUGAGAACCUUAGUAGGCUAUAUAUAUUUCCAGUUUUCUUAAGUUUUAUUUGAAAAAAAAAUGGAGAAUAGCUAUAAAUAUUGAUCUUGUGAUAUUUUAAAUUAGAGCUAAAUAGCGCGCGCAGAAUGUAUGUAGGUAGCACUGGUUCUGCGCCAUGGCCAUUUUGAUCUAUAUAAGUUGAAAGGGAAAGUGUUUGCUCGCUGGCUGUUUGCUCUUCUUUCUUCGGUCUUUACUUCUUUGUGGCUAUCUUGAAAACGUUGAAUCCUAGAAUUCUUGAAAAACGUGGAUCCAUAAAUUGCAAAGAAUUCAGAAAAGAAGUUCUUCAGCAAUUAGCUCUUCUGAGAGCUACUACUAACAGCAAGCGAGACACGUUGGAAUCAAUAUUGAAAUCUCAAAAUGAAAAUACAGACCCCUGGUCAAACCAGCAGCAUUAUGAAAUCAACUUUGAUCCGGCACGAUUGCCAAUGAAGACUGAGGAGAGUCUGCUUAAAAUAGAAGAGGAGCUGAGAGAUAAUCAUUCCAAAAAUAACAUGGUCAACUACCUGAGUAAAAUUGGCGAAAACAGCAUAAAUGACAUGACGAAAAGAAUAAUGAGAAGACUUAUUGGUGAUGAAUUAGCCAAAGACUACAGCUGGUUUGGUGCGAAAGGGAAAAAACAGUUUUCAAUUCUUCAAAGUGCCAGAGUCCUUGAAGCUGUUAAGAUGGGGUUUCAAGAAGCAACGGAAAAACCGAUUGAAGAGGCCACCAAAAAUUGGUUGAGGCAUGCUCCUGAACGUCAAAGCGGAAAACAAAAACGGUUCUUGUAGUAGCUGUAGUAAAACAUCUAAAAUUGCAUAAUAUAUUUGCCAUAAAACAAAACAAAAACGGUGUUUGUAGUAGCUGUAGUUAAACAUCUAAAAUUGCAUCAUAUAUUUGCCAUA